AAAGGUGAAACGUAUAAAUAAAGCACUUUGGAUACCUGUUCUUCAGUUGUAGGAAUUUAUCACCAACUCUACAUUGAAGAGACUCCUACAACAUAAACUAUGGUUUGUGAUUGCGCCUCAUUGCUUGCCCAGUGACGUCAUUUAUGCGUGUGGCCACGCCCACGCACCCUUCAACCCUCUGUUUUGACAUCUUCGCCUCAGCUUCAGCAGCAGCAGCAUCCCGAGCAUCCCUUCAUGCGCGCUCUGGGCACUGAGGAGGUGGAGGUGGAGGCGGGGGUCUCUCGCUCUUUCUGUCUCUCUCUCUCUCGCUCUCUAUUGGUUCAGCUAUUUCAAUAUUAACCCGUGCAGCCGGUCAGGGGUACUGUCACCCAAACAUCCCGCUCAGAUCGCAUCAUUUCUCGCUGUUUUGAAGGGGAGCAUCACCACCGGGAUGUCGAGUCUGCUGGAGAACCCUCUACAGGCGGUGCUCUAUCUGAAGGAGCUCACCGCCAUCGUGCAGAACCAGCAGAGUCUCAUCCAGACCCAGCGAUACCGGAUCGACAUUCUCGAGCGCCGGCUGGAAAAUCUAGCGGUUGAGAAUCGGCAGCUGCGGGACUCGAGCGCUCAUCAGCACCGGCACCCUUCCCGUAAUCAUCCGCCUCCUCCCCCUAGGACCAGCCCGACCAGCAGAGACGGGACGCCCUCCAUUCAAUCCCAGAGCCAGCAGCACCAUUCCCCGCAGGAUAUGCAGCUUGUGCCCGCUGGACCCAGAAAUGCCAGUCCGGACUCUCUCGAUGGAGAUGGUGCUCAGGACCCCUGCUGUCGGUCCCUGGUCCCACAGCCACCUGCCACCCUAUGUCGAGCAGUGGGACUCUCACGUUCAUCCGAGAGUCAGACGGUCCUGCAUCAGUUCUGCUGUCCAGCACCAGAAGCCCCUGAAGGAGACUCCAUAACAUGCUCCAGCUCGACUCCUGCCAUAGAGGAACAGAAAGAUGAGAAAAAAGACAUUCAGCCUGACGUGCCUCCCUGCUCACAUCAUCCAGAAUACGAGCUCUCUCCUGAUCUCAAACAAAAACAGAUAGAGGAGUUGGAACAAAAAUAUGGUGGUCCUCUGAUUUCUCGGCGAGCGGCCUGUAAGAUCCAGACAGCGUUUCGUCAAUACCAGCUUAGUAAGAACUUCCAGAAGAUUCGUGACUCCGUUCUGGAGAGUGGGAUUCCACGGCGUAUGUCAGUGCGCAGGGUUCGGGUACAGAGGGGCAGUUUCUCUGCUGAACGGGCACUGAUGGAUGGCUGUUCUCUCAUGGGCAUCCCGCUCACACACUCCACUUCAUUGCCGGUGGGCACUGCAGCUACACUCACACACCUGGAGGACACAUUCACUGAACAGGUGGAGUCAUUAGCAAGAUCCAUUGACGAGGCUUUGAGCAGCUGGAGUUCUGUGCGGGAUGGGGAAGGAGAGAAGUCUUCUGCAGCUCCUCCCUCUGGAUCUCAUCCUGAGGGUCUACUGAUGGACCCCAGCACACUACCGGAGGCCACACAGAGCAGCUGUGGAGAGAACAUUCCCCGCAGCGCCAGCAAACUCAUGAUGGCUUUCAGAGAUGUGACUGUUCAAAUUGACAACCAUAACUUUCGCCUCUCCUCAUCUAUGCUGGAGUCAGUUUCCCUUGGUAAUGGCAUAUCCAAGGAGACCAGCUCAGAAGCCCAAAAGGGGGAGCGGACCACAAGCCAGUCAGAAUCCUCGGUCACAGUUGAGCCUGAGUUUCCACCUCCGCCACCCAGUGAGGAAGAGAAGGAGAAUCAACAGCCAAUUGGAGCUGAUGGACUGACCACAGGGGCGGGGCAAGAGGGGAAACAAACCAAUCAGAUUGGAUCUGAAAUGGCUGAAAACAGUUCCGAGCCCGUCAGUAGUAGCAGCACCUCAACAUCAGCGUGUGAGACGAUGAUCCUAUCUUUGCCCCGCCCACACUGCCAGGACACACCCUGCGGCAACCUCUCAACAGAUAUUGCACGCAAGCGUCUUUAUCGUAUUGGACUAAACCUCUUCAAUGUCAAUCCAGACAAAGGUAUCCAGUUCCUGAUAUCUAGGGGCUUCAUUCCAGACACGGCCAUUGGUGUGGCUCACUUCCUUUUGCAGAGGAAGGGCUUGAGCCGACAGAUGAUUGGAGAGUUUCUGGGGAACAGCAAGAGACAAUUCAACAGAGAUGUCUUAGACUGUGUGGUGGAUGAGAUGGAUUUUUCUAUGCUGGAGCUGGAUGAAGCAUUAAGAAAGUUUCAGGCUCAUGUGCGGGUACAAGGAGAGGCUCAGAAAGUCGAGAGACUCAUUGAGGCGUUCAGUCAGAGGUAUUGUAUGUGUAACCCUGAUGUGGUGCAACAGUUCCACAACCCCGACACCAUCUUCAUCCUGGCCUUCGCUAUCGUACUGCUCAACACAGACAUGUACAGUCCCAACAUCAAACCAGAGCGCAAAAUGCUGUUGGAAGAUUUCAUUCGCAACCUACGAGGAGUGGACGAUGGGGCGGAUAUUCCGCGGGAGAUGCUAGCUGGGAUUUACGAACGGAUCCAGCAGAGGGAACUGCGAUCCAAUGAAGAUCAUGUGACCUACGUUACCAGAGUGGAGCAAAGCAUUCUUGGAAUGAAGACGAUACUGUCGGUUCCUCAUCGCAGGCUGGUAUGCUGCAGUCGACUCUAUGAGGUCACUGAUGUAAAUAAACCACAGAAACAAGCGUCACAUCAAAGGGAGGUGUUCCUCUUUAAUGACCUGAUAGUGAUCCUAAAGCUGUGUCCGAAGAAGAAAACUGCCGCCACAUAUACGUUCUGCAAAGCCAUGGGGUUACUGGGAAUGCAGUUCCAUCUGUUUGAGAAUGAGUAUUACCCUCAUGGAAUCACGAUAUUGUCUCCGUUCUCGUCGGAGAAGAAGCAGGUGGUGAGCUUCUGUUCUCAGAGCGCUGAGGAGCUGCUCAAGUUUGUGGAGGACCUGAGAGAGAGCAUCACAGAGGUGGCAGAGAUGGAACAAAUUCGGAUUGAGUGGGAACUGGAAAGACAACAGGUCAUGAAACAUGAAAUGAACAAGAACGGCACACAGCUUGACAUCCACCCUGGACUCGGUUCUGCUGCAGGGGAUGAUUUUUACCAAAAAACAGGAAGCAACACGGUAGAGGUGUCAAUUCACAACAGGCUUCAAACGUACCAACUCAGCUCUGCUCUGGCCCCACCCAGCGCUCAGCAACACCUGGCCGCCCUGCCUAGCCCCGCUCCUGGCUCCGCCCUCACCAUCUCACCCGAAACCCUCAUCCAAUGCCAGCAGAUCGUAAAGGUGAUCGUCGUCGACGCCGCCGGCCGUGGCCACGUGGAGGCGUUCCUCAGCCACAACCCCGCCCAUCGCCUCAUCCAAUCGGCCGUCACAACGCCCACCAGGUCGCGGGAGGGCGGCAAGCAGCAGCCGCCCCUCCCUCCUCCCCCGCCUCCUUAUUAUCACCCGCAUCAGUUUUGCCCUCCGACCCCUCCACCACCACGCCACCUGCUGAGUCAACGCAGGUACUCCAGCGGGACACGCAGCCUAGUCUGAGAACAUAUAGGUACACGUAUCGAUGUGUUUACACCUGUUAAAGGAGCAGCUCACCCAAAAAUGUACAUCCUGUUUGCAUUUACUCACCCUCAUGUUGUUCAAACCUGUAUGCUGCUGUUUUUUUUUUCUGUGGAAAACAAAUUUGGUGACUUAAUUUUUAGUCUUAUCCUUACACAAAGCUUUCGUACGACUUCAGAAAAUUUGGUAUAUAGCACGCAGGUCAUAUGGAUUACCUUUACGGUGUUUUUAAUCUUUUUAUUUUGCUCCUUUUGGAGCUUAACAAACACUAUGAACUGCCAUUGCAUGAAAAUCCUUCACAAAUUCUCCUUUUGAGUUCCACUUUAAAAAAACAAAAUUCAGCAAAUGUCUGGAAUGACAUGAGGGUGAGUAAAUGACAGUAUAUAAACUUUAUUCUUUGAACUAAACUAUAUUGUAUACAAUUUGAAAUGAAGAAAUCAGCACAAACAGUUCAUUUUAAACUGUUAUAAGGCACAUCUAUCAAAAGAAGCUACACUUAUAAUUGUUGGGUCCUCAUGGCCUUAAAGCGAGUCUUUAAGAGGGGCUUUCUUUGCGUGUUCACCAUAUCCUCAUAAUAAAAUGAAGUUUAUAUAUUUUGAUUUUCCUCCUUUAACACCCAUGUUGUGUGUUGCCCCUGAUCUGAAUGGGGCGGGGUUGGGGGGGUCCUUUGGCAUUUCUACUCUGACAAAAGUAUCAGGAGGCAGAUCAUGUGAGCUCCACUGUCUGUACUACCAUUGGUAGUUGCCAUAUCGCAUCACUGCUCAUUUGCAUAAAUCUAAUUCUGCUCAAUUUUGUUGCAUCGCCAGUGGUCACAUUCACUCAUCUAAAAUCGCUAACUGUCAUUGAAACUUCCAGACACUAAAAGGUUUUUCAUGAGAUUUAGGUCAGACCUCUUACUUGGCCACUCAAGGAUUAUUAACUUACUGGAUAAAGGCUACAAAUUCCCUGUAUUUGGCAUCAUAUUUUUUUUCUUCUUCAUAUCCCAUCAAAGCUUUCCCUGUUCCAGUCCUAUUUGGAGAAAUGUUUGAUCUUGUCAUGGUCUGGGUUGAGCCGUACAUCUUGUACGUAAUAAGGGUAUUGACUGCUCUGUCUGAUCAUUAAUCCCUUUAAAAUGCUUGUAUACCCGGAUCCUGACUUCUUUCUCGCCACAAUCGAAUUUCGAUGUCUUCAUGAAAGCACUUUUCUGCCCAUUGUGAGUUUCUAAUCUGCAUUGAAAUCCACAUCCAAGUGCUUUAUUGAUCUGUUAAGCAUUCUAUAAUGCUUUUUAAUGACUGAUUUAAUGAAAGCUAUAGUGUUCCCAUUUUUUUCUUUUCACUUGGAUAAUGUGGGCUGUUUUGAGUGUAAAUAUAUAGAACAUAUUUUAGUGUCAUAGAGUAAAAACUUUACAUUUUAAAGAGGGUGGUGACAUUUUGUGUCUGAUGUCUGUAAUAAAGGCAGGGGUCAGUUUUAACCCCCCUAAUCAUCGCAAUCCACCUUUUGUAUUGUGUCGGUUUGUAUAGAGCGACUCUGUAGCGUGUAACAGUGAUCAAGCCUGGUGCUCAGGUAGCUUCAUGUGAUAACCAGGUGCGCAUUCAACCUCUGAGAAAAUAUCAAAUGUUAUAUACUACAAGGCUAUGACUGAGAAAUUGUAUAUUUUUAAAACAUAUCACUUAAAAUGCUUGUUUAUCGAAAAUUUUAUGUUGAAUUAUCUUUGAAAAUACCUUUGUGUUUUAAAAUGAUCUGGUGAAUUAUGUUUGUGUUUGCCACUUACAACUCACGUUUUCUGUAUUGCAUUUUAUAAAAGUUUCAUAUGUUUCACAUGUGCA